AAAUCCCCGAGGUUUUAUUUCUCCAUUUCCACGUUAUUUCCAAGUUCAAACUCCAUUUUUUCUGCUGUUCAGCCGUCCAGGGAGCUCCAGAAUUGAAGCUUCUCUCCGUGGGGCCAGAUCUGAGCAUCUGCUAUAAAACUCCUCCUUUGCCUGGAGCUGGAGCCUGGGGGGCUGGAGGAGAGCAGUCCCUGUUCCAUCCUGCAAGUGCUGAACGUGCCAGGGCUCUCCAUCUCCUGCCUCCACAGCUCCAGAUACUGGCCCAGGACGGGAAUGUGGUGAUAUCUGAGGGACCUCCAGGCAGGAAUAAACAUGUCAGCUUUGGAGCUGGGGAGGCUGAGGAGCUGUGCAGCUGUCCUUGGGUCACUCCUCGCUGCUGCUCUCAUUGUGACUGUCCACAGUCUCUGCCGCGCUCCGCCGCGGUCGCCGUCGGCAGAGCCCAAGGAGUGGCUGGAGGGCAUCGAGUUCUUCCCCUCUGGCUACAGGAUGGAGUUCGUGUGUCGGCCAGGCUUUGGGAGAAAUGCUCGCACUCCAAAUGUCCUUGUCUGUGGAGCGAACGGGCUGUGGCGUGGAUCGAGUGAAAUCUGCAUACCCAAGGCGUGCAGCUACCCCGGGGAGCCGGCCAAUGGCAGACUGCUCUUGCCUGGAGCGUUCACUUUUGGUUCCACAGUCAACUUCACCUGCAACACUGGGUACAGACUGAUUGGACCCUCUGAGAUUGAAUGUGUGCUCAGAAAUGAGGCUCUUACAUGGAACAGAGAUAUUCCCACCUGUCAGGUGAUUCCCUGUGCACCCCCUCCAGAAAUAGCAAAUGGGCAUCACAGUGGGAUGGACAAGGAGCAUUUUGAGUAUGGGGACUCUGUCACCUACCAGUGCCACAGGUCCAGGAGGGGAGAGAGACCUUUCUCCCUGGUGGGAGAGGCCUCCAUUUUCUGCACAAGCAGGGACAACCUGAACGGUGUGUGGAGCAGCCCAGCUCCAGAAUGCAAAGUGGUGACCUGCAAGCAGCCAAGGGUGGAGAACGGGAAGCUGCUGAGCGGGCACCGGCCCGACUACAGCUUUGGGGACACGGUGGUGUUCGACUGUGACUUCCGCUACAGCCUCAGCGGCAGCGAGGCCUCCAGCUGCAGGGACAGCGGCCUCUGGGAGCCCCCCCUGCCCCUCUGCCAGCGCAGCAGCUGUGAUGACCCCCCAGAUGUGAGGAAUGCUGUGAAAGCCAGGCUGGCUGGCAAUCUGUUCCCCGUGGACACCGUGGUCACCUACGAGUGCGAGCAGGGCCACCAGUUCAGAGCGGGGAAAACCACCUGGAACAUCAGCUGCCUGCAGGAUUUUGUGUGGAGUGAACCCCCACCUCCGUGUGAAAGAAUUCCUUGCCCAGAUCCACACAUCCCAAACGGAAAGCCCUUGCACCCAUGGCAAGUGAAAGAGGUUUAUGAGAGCGGGGACAGGCUGGAAGUGGAGUGCAGGGAAGGAUUUGCUUUCAAAGGCCGUGGCAGCAGCGUCACCCUUCACUGUGGCAGCGAUGGUGGAUGGGAUCCAGCAAUGCCAGAGUGCAUUCCAGAACCACGUUGCCCAAAGCCAGGCAUCCUUCAUGGAGAAGAGGUUUAUAAAAGCAGGAGUGACUACACAGUGGGGACCCAGGUGAGGCUGGCCUGUGAGGAGGGCUUUGCCCUCAGGGGCUUGGAGACCAUCACCUGUGGGGCUGAUCUGAGCUGGGAGCCCGUGAUGCCCUUCUGUGACAAAGUCUGUGGGCCCCCUCCCAAAAUCCCCUUUGGGCAGCACUCUGGCAAAGGUGCCAGAGAGUUCCCUUAUGGCACCAAGGUGACCUACAGCUGUGCAGAGGGGCUGUCCCUCAUCGGGGACGAGUCCCUCUACUGCACCUCCGAGGAUGGGGAGAACCUGACCUGGAGCGGACCUGCCCCGCAGUGCAGGGUGGUUCGGUGCCCCAAGCCCGUGCUGGAGAGGGGAAGGAUGACCCCACAGACGUUCACCUUUCCCUACGGGCUGCUCCUGCACUUCUCCUGUGACCAAGGCUUCGGGCUGCGCGGCGCUGCCCAGAGCCAGUGCCUGGCUGAUGGCACCUGGCACCCGCCCCUGCCCACCUGCCAGCCAGUUCGGUGCCCCAGGCUCCCGAGGCAGGACGACGUCGUGGUUCACUUCAACCGGCUCUGGUAUGAGGUGAAUGAAACGGUGCCCUUCUACUGCAAACGUGAUGGGGCACCCUCCAAAACCACCUGCUCAGCUGAUGGCACCUGGACACCACCACCCACGUGUAGGAGGAGCGAUGUGUGUGAGAGGGUUCUUCGAAACAAAGCAGCUUUCCAGUGUGGAAUUCCUCUGUCAGAUCUGAAAACCCAGCUGGAAGUCCAGAAGCUCCUCCUGGAGAUCCAGAAACUUGAAAAGGAGCUAAAAAGCACCACCUACAGCUGGCAGCUCUUGUCCCACACCAUGCCCGGGCUCCUCGGGCCAGGGCAGCUCCUGGCACUGAUGGUUCUGGUGCUGCAGCCCACGGGGACUCAGGAGGCGCAGUGUUCCAUCCCUAUCAUUGCAAACGGGCAGCUGAGCUCUGCAGAGAACUUCACCUACGGCAGCACAGCCACGCUGCAGUGCGACCCCGGCUUCGUGGGCACUGCCAGCACGGCGCGCUGCAUGCCCAGCGGCAGGUGGCACCCACGGGUGCCCUCCUGCGUCCCAGGGCAGUGUCGCCACCCUCCCCCUGUGGAGUUCGCCGAGUUCCAGCACCGGCGCGAGUUCCCGGUUGGGAGCACGCUGUCCUACUCCUGCAGAGCCGGCUUCUCCCUGAUCCCCGGGGUGUCCCCAACCACCACAUGUCUUCAGAACUUCACGUGGUCCCCGGUGCCGAGGCUGUGCCAGAAGGUGCAGUGCUCCACGCCGGUCAUCCCCCACGGGACAGAGGUCAGCCCCAGGAGAGCCGAGUACACCUUUGGGCAGCAGGUGGAGUUCCAGUGUGACCACGGCUACAUGCUCCGGGGCAGCAACAGGGUCCAGUGCUCCUCUGACGGGAUGUGGAGACCCCCCGUGCCCUACUGUGACAGGGUCUGUGGUCUCCCUCCCAAAAUCACUAACGGGAAGCACUCUGGCAUGGAGUUUACACAGUUCCCCUACGGCUCUGAAGUGAAGUACAGCUGUGCAGAGGGGCUGUCCCUCAUCGGGGACGAGUCCCUCUACUGCACCUCCGAGGAUGGGGAGAACCUGACCUGGAGCGGACCUGCCCCGCAGUGCAGGGUGGUUCGGUGCCCCAAGCCCGUGCUGGAGAGGGGAAGGAUGACCCCACAGACGUUCACCUUUCCCUACGGGCUGCUCCUGCACUUCUCCUGUGACCAAGGCUUCGGGCUGCGCGGCGCUGCCCAGAGCCAGUGCCUGGCUGAUGGCACCUGGCACCCGCCCCUGCCCACCUGCCAGCCAGUCCUGUGUCCACAACCACGAGUGCCCUUUGGAAGGCUGAAAAGCCCUUUGGGUGGCAGAAGUUGGUACCAGACCAACGAGACUGUCACCUUGGAGUGCCUUCCUGGGUACCAGUUCCCAGACGAUGGAAUGAUGGAAAAUGCUUGGACAGCCACGUGCUUGCCUGAUGGCAGCUGGACACCACUGCCCAAGUGUAUGAAAGAAGGUGAUGCUGAUGUGUGUCAAGAGGUUCAUUACAUUAAAUCGACCUUUGAAUGCGGUGUGCCUCUAGAAGAGGUGAAAAGUCUGCUGGAAAUACAGAAACUGCUCCUGGAGAUUAAAAAACUAGAGAUGGAGCUAGAAACCUAAAAUGAAACUGGACCCCUGUAAAAGCUCACCUUUCCUUUGCUGAGCUCACAGUUUGUGCAGUCACAGCAUCUCUGAGAAGGUUCUGGGUGAUUUUAUGGUUUUUUU